AUGCGAGCAGGGUUUGGGGGUCGAGAGGAGUUUGAAUGGAAGGUGAAGACAGGCAGGCCGAAGUCAGUCCUUCUCACACUCAUGGCCUAUGAUCGCUAUGUGGCCAUCUACCACCCACUGACGUACAUGACCAUCAUAGACCAGCCGUGCUGCUUCAGGCUUCUCUUGUUUUGCUGGGCAACAAGCUUGGUUCAUGCCAUCAUUCAGAUAGUGACAGUUGCCCGGUUACCAUACUGUGGCCCUAACGUACUGGACAACUUCUUCUGUGACUUGCCACAAGUGAUCAAACUAGCUUGUUCAGGGAGUUAUUCUGCUGAGAUUAUCACGAUGACCAACAACACCCUGAUAACAGCACCCUGCUUUGUGGCUUUGUUGGUUUCAUAUGCCGCCAUCUUGGCUACUCUCUGUGGCCGUUUUGAGAAGGAAUGGAGGAAGGCUCUCUCCACAUGCAGCUCCCACUUGAUGGUGGCCAGUCUCUACUAUGUGCCCAUUGUCUUUGUGUAUCUGAAACCCUCCUCCAGUUCCCAAGAGGACAAGAAAGCCUCUGUAUUCUACACGGUGGCCACCCCUGCCCUCAAUCCCCUCAUCUACGCACUGAGGAACCAAGAGAUAAAGAACGCCAUCAGGAAAUGGAAAAUCAAGCAAAAGCUCUUCCCUAUUGCUGCAAAUGGAUUACAUGUGUGA